UCGAGUUCGGAGGAGUUUCUUCUUCUUUUCUUUUUCUUUACCUCUUCUAUAACUUCUCUGUCGUGCUUCCUUCCUCCUCUUGAGUGAUAGUUGGAUCAUUGAGUAUUCUUAUCCAAAGAUCUUCGCCUCGUGCUCUUUCCUCCUCCCCCUUUCCUCCUAUACUCUACUCCCGUGAAAUCCUCUUCACACAUCCUCCAAUAAUACCUUACUCCUCUCAUUUCAUCAUACCUCGAUAAAAUGCGUACUUCCGCUCUCCUCAGCCUCUUGGCUGGUGUUGGAUAUGUGGCUGCUGCUGCAACAACUAAACCAUUUGGACUCCCGAAAACUACCUUAGAGAAGAAGGAUAUUCAUGUUAGUAUUCAGGCAGAUGGUUUGGAUAUUCAGUUGGAUAUUACCAAUUCAACAGCUAGUGUGGUGAAACCCAAGGUUUUUAUCAUUUCUAUGGUAAGUAAUUUUUUACAUCGUCUUAUCUAAUCUCGUUCUAUACUUUUCGCUUUAUUUUUAUCUAGAGAAAAUGCGAUUUUACCUUUAAUGUGUGAAUAUCAUCUGACCAAUUCUUAGUUCACACCUGAAGCAGAUAUUUGGUAUGAAAACUCCUUUACCAAGGGUUCAAUUGGAAAUCUCUUCGCCAAGAAUAUUACCGUUCCAGGUUUCUCUCCUCUCUUCCCACAAGCUCAUUGUCUCGAAGACGGUUCCGUUUGCCAACUCACCACUGGAGAAUCCGAAAUUAACGCAGCAUCAACCAUCACCGCUUUGACUCUCUCCUCCGCCUUUGAUCUCACCUCGACUUAUUUCCUCGUUGGCGGAAUUGCUGGUAUCAACCCAAAGCACGGCACUCUCGGUGAUGUUGCAUUCUCGAAAUAUACCAUCCAAGUAGCCCUUCAAUAUGAAUUCGACGCUAGAGAAAAACCUGAGAACUUCACCACUGGAUAUUUCCCUCAAGGUUCAUAUGCUCCCGAUCAAUAUCCCGGUAACAUCUACGGAACCGAAGUAUUCGAAGUCAACGAACCACUUCGAGAUUUGGCUGUGGCGUUCGCGAAAAAGGCAACUUUGAACGACUCGGAGACUUCAAUCGCUUACCGUACUUUAUAUGAUACAAACAGCACAGAGGUCAAUAAAUAUCAAGCAGCAACCCAUGCUCCUACAAUCAUCACGUGCGACACCGCCACCUCAGAUGUUUACUACUCUGGUACACUCCUCGGUGAAGCAUUCGAAAACACAACCACACUCCUCACCAACGGAUCCGGUGUCUACUGCAUGACAGCCCAAGAAGAUAACGCUACACUUUCCGCCCUCAUGCGCGCAGCCCUCUUCAAGCUCGUCGAUUUCUCCCGCAUAAUCAUCAUGCGCACAGCAUCUGAUUUCGAUCGUCCAUACCCUGGUGCCUCUGUCGAAUACAACCUUUUGUACUCCAACCAAGGUGGUUUCGAACCCGCUAUCCAAAAUAUUUAUCUUGCUGGUACGGAAGUCAUCAAGGGACUUCUCGAGGAAUGGAACUCUACCUUUGAGAGUGGUGUUAAUGCUACUAAUUAUAUUGGAGAUAUCUUUGGUAGCUUGGGUGGUGAACCGGAUUUCGGACCUGGAAGUGAGUUUGGUGGUGAGGAGGUUGAUCCGGAUAAUUCGGUUAUUUACGUCAAGAGGGAUGGAGAGAAGAAGGUUAGAAGUAGAAGAGAGAUGAAGGGAAAGAAGGGUUUGAUGAGACGUCAUUAAUUUUGAUGAUGUGAGUGCCGGGGUUUUCAUCCAUGGUUUUUAUACCGGGAUGGAGUGAAAGAGAUUAUUCUUAUCCUUGGGGAUUGUAAUGCGUGGUGGGAUCCGAUGACUUUUUUUUGCUUGCGACGUGCGAUUCAGCAUACUUUCUUCCUCUUUCUUCGCGUGUAUAUCUUUAUCCAAAAGUGAUUGGGUGGGGGUAUUCUCUCUCAGGGCGGAAUGUUGGGCUUUUGGGUGGAUGUUGGUUGCUGGGUGGUGGGGUGCUGGGUGGUCAAUCAAUCGCUUUUCUUUUGCGAGGAUACUGCGAGGAUAUUAAAGCGAUAGCCCGAGGCGACUAGCACAACCCGUUACGAUGAAUUGGGAAUAGUUGCACAAUGGCACAGAGCUGGGGAAAGAAGACUGUAGAUAAUGGGCAGAAGUGGCAAGGGCCAGUAGGAAACCGCUGGUCUAUGAG